AUGGAGAACGCCGACCCUUUCCUUCAAGUCCAGGUGGACGUCCUCUCCACACUACAAACCAGCCGCCCCCUCUUCUCCUCAUACCUGCGCAUCCGCUCGCUAGCAAAGAACCCCAACAACCCGGAACUGAAGCAAUCACGAUCAGAGCUAGAAACCACAUUAACAGAGCUAAGCGCCGACCUCGACGACCUAGUCGAGAGCGUACGCGCCAUUGAACAAGAUCCCUACCGCUUCGGACUGGAGCUCGAAGAAGUCCAGCGACGGCGUAAGCUUGUCGAUGAUGUCGGGGCCGAGGUAGAACAGAUGCGUCAGGAGCUGCUGCAGACGGUGUCUCACUCUGCGGCUGCGGGGGCUGCGAACGAGCUGCCGAAUCCGACGGAAUUCGAUGCCGCCUUGGACGAGGAGGAGCGGCAGCAGAAUGGCGGGGAUGAUUAUUAUGCUUCGUUGGAGCAGCAGCGGCAGUCGGAACUUAUGCAUGAGCAGGAUGAACAGUUGGAUGGGGUGUUUCGGACUGUCGGGAACCUGCGACAGCAGGCUAAUGAUAUGGGGCGGGAGUUGGAGGACCAGGGCGUUAUGAUGGAUGAGGUUGAUACCUUGGCUGAUCGGGUUGGUGGGAAGUUGACGAAUGGCAUGUCGCGAAUCAGACAUAUUGUUCGCCAGAAUGAGGAUACAUGGUCCUCCUUUUGCAUAGCGGCGCUCAUCUUUGCGCUUGUGCUAUUAUUAAUUCUUCUUAUUGUCCUGUGA